AUGACACAACAACGGCGACAUGUCGGAGUUGUAAGCGCUCUGGGAAAGCUAUUUGCCAUUGGCGGUCAUGAUGGUAUGCAACAUCUUGCGUCAGCCGAAGUAUUUGACCCACGCGAGGGUGUUGGUUGGCGACGGGUUGCACCAAUGCGCACUUGCCGACGUGGAAUAGCCGCAGCUGCUUUGGAUGGUGCCAUAUAUGCUGUAGGAGGACUGGAUGACACGACAUGCUUUAGCACAGUGGAAAGGUACGACAUCGAAUCUAACACAUGGACGGAUGUUGCGCCAAUGAAUGUACGUCGUGGUGGUGUUGGUGUGAGCGCCUUAGGCAAGUUCCUGUUUGCUGUUGGUGGCAAUGAUGGCUCGUCUUCUCUCGACUCAUGUGAACGCUAUGAUCCUGUCUUAGAUAAAUGGAAGCUCGUAGCAAAGAUGACAAAUCGGAGAGCUGGAGCGGGUGUAUGCGUGCUGGAUGGUGCACUUUAUGCGCUUGGUGGCUUUGAUGAUAACUCACCUUUAUGCACAUGCGAGCGAUACGAUCCACAUACGGAUCAAUGGACACAGCUUGCGAAUAUGACAUUUUCAAGAGGUGGUGUUGGCGUUGCAUCCAUGGGAGGCUUGGUCUAUGCAAUAGGCGGACAUGAUGGUCAACGCUACCUGAACACCGUGGAAGCUUAUGAUCCAGUCACCAACUCAUGGACACCUGUUACGGACAUAAAAGAUUGUCGCGCAGGUGCUGGUGUCGCAUGGGCUGAUUGCAGGUACGUAUCGCUCCAGAUACAGGUUUCAGAGUUGCCCCGUGCCAGCUCGUGCCAGGGUCGUGCCAGGUUCGAAUUGACCAAUGUGAACGUGCCCCAUAUUGAUCGAUCGAGUUCGGACACGGUGCUGGCACGGAGCUGGCACGUGCGACUUUGGCCAAGUUUCAGACUCCGUUGGGUUAUUUGACA